ACCCCAAAAAUAUUGUCAAUGAGCGACAACGACUCAGAGCACUCACUCACAUUGUAUAACACAUCCUUGCGGCGCCCUGUCCUUCGCUUCCUGGUGUCAAGGCCUGUCGAGGGGUUGUGUAUUGUUGAUCAGGCUCGAAACUGUACUGAUAUGUCGCCACGAGCUUGCUACACCACCUCUUAACACUGCAUCCGACCUCCGUCUCCUCCCACCCGUGGUGAGGAGCUCUCCUGUGUAUCGCAAACACACACUCCGACACCGCCUUCGCGAUGCAGAGAAUCCUCCGUAUCAACCUUCUGGCGCGGAACCAAGCACUUAAAGCCAAACGAAAGAAGAACUUGAAGGACGCUAAGGCAGAAUGGCGGGAGCACGCGGCACGCCAGAUUGCAGCAGAGAAGACGAAGCGAGAAUUCGUCAAAGAUGAGCGGAAGAAUCGUCGAGAAGACUGGAUCGCCGGACCGCUUGCAUCGAAACGUGAUGCCGCCGAGAAAGCAGAUCUUUAUGGCACUGUCAGUGGCAUACUCGCGCAGGGUCCCAAUUUCCCACAACGGGCCCGGAAUGCUCCCAGAGGCAGCGGUGGGGACAAGGUUGGUUCGGAAGGCCUGAUUGGCGAACAUAAAGAGUGGGAAGGCGAAGGGAACGAAGGCAACAUUGUCGCUGGCGACCGCGUGGUCGUGAUCCAAGGCCACGAGAGUAUAAUCGGCCAAAUCGGGACGGUGAAUGAAGUACAGCUGCACAGGAAAGAGCUGGCAAUCGAGGGUCUGAAUAUGGCCGACGUUGUAUUACCCGAGGGCUCACGACUACGAGACCGAAUGCCCUUCCAGAGCAUGGAGUUGCCACUCCCCUUAUCCGCGGUACGUCUUGUGUAUCGAUCGACAGACGACGCGACCGGCAAAGACCGCGACGUGAUCGUCAAGCACCUGCGCGGUGGCGCACCGUAUUUUCAGCGUGAGGCCAACUCCAGCCUCCCUCGACACACGCGGUUCAUCGCGGGCGAGGACGUCGAGAUUCCCUGGCCGGAAGACGAUCCGCAGAAAUACCAGAUCUUCAAUGGCGACACGAGCCGGUUCGAGGUCGAGUACCAGUCGUACACGCCGAGUCUUGACGAGCGGAACCCGGUGUUGCCUCACCCAUCGAUUGUCGACGAGCUUAAUGAGAAAAAGUACGACCGCGAUCGGGCGUGGCAUGAGGAUGAGUAUGUGCGGUUGAAGGUCCUUGAGGAUGCGCGCGCCGUGUGGUAUGAGUCGAGGAAGCUUAAGACGCCGGCAAUGGAGCUUGCUGAGGAGAAGAAGAGGGUUGCCGCGCAGAGAGCAGAAGAGGUCAAGCAGCGGGGUGUCACGGAGGCUACGAUACGGUUGUUCAAAGAGGUGAAGAGUGCAAAGAAAAAGCAGAAGGUGGCCGUAUAGCAUGGACUGGGUUCCGCUUUAAGCAUGGCGAUGGGAAAGUGAUUGUACCUUCUUCUGGGUCGAAUUCUUUGGUCGGAUAUAGGUGUUGGCAUAGAUCCUUUCACUUAGCAAGGACGCUGCUGGAAAAGCAUUGUACAGAUAUAUGACUCUCUUGUGAUGAUAU